GAACGGGAAUGCACUGAACAUGCACUCCUAAUGAGCAAGACAGAAAAUAUUACUUUCUCUGAAACAAAACAGGGAUAGCAACUGUAAACUAAUGUUCAAGACGACCGGAUACAAUAAGGGCACCGAUAUAGCCAUCUAUUUUCAGAUCGCGCGCUAGCAGCCGCGCGAUGGAGCGCUAUGAGAAGUUGGCGAAGCUAGGCGAGGGUUCAUACGGGCUCGUCUACAAAUGCCGUAACCGGGACACCGGCGAGAUCGUCGCCAUCAAGAAGUUCGUCGAGAACGAAGACGAUCCACUCAUUCGGAAGAUUGCCCUGCGAGAGAUCAGGAUGUUGAAGAACCUAAAACACCCGAAUCUGGUGAACCUUCUGGAGGUGUUCCGACGGAAACGGAAGCUGCACUUGGUCUUCGAGUAUUGUGACCACACUGUGCUACAUGAAAUGGAGAAAUAUCCUUCGGGUUGUCCAGAGCUGCUGUCGAAGCAAAUAAUCUGGCAAACGCUGCAAGGUGUAGCGUACUGCCACAGACACAACUGUAUCCACCGUGACGUCAAGCCGGAGAACAUCCUGCUCACCAGCGACGGUGUCGUCAAACUCUGCGACUUUGGCUUCGCGAGGUUAAUCAGUGGAACUUGCUCAUCAGAAUAUUCUAUCCACACAAUGAUCCCUUUUGGUGUCGACCUAAGGCGAAGAAAUAGUCCUGGGGAGAGCUACACGGACUAUGUGGCCACCCGCUGGUACCGAGCCCCUGAGCUGCUGGUGGGAGACACACAGUAUAGCACUCCGGUCGAUGUCUGGGCCAUUGGAUGUGUAUUCGCAGAGCUUCUCUCCAGCGAAGCGUUGUGGCCUGGCAAGAGCGAUCUGGAUCAACUGUACCUCAUCAAGAGAACGUUAGGCGACCUGCUACCCAGACACAUGACCAUAUUUUCACAGAACUCAUUCUUUCAAGGCAUGGCUUUGCCCGAGCCGACAACAUAUGAACCGCUAGAGAAGAAAAUCCCGCACCGAUAUGCCAACAACGAGCUGAUAUUAGACUUUCUAACGAAAUGUCUUGACAAAGACCCCAUGAUGAGGUGGACCUGUGAGCAGCUACUGCGGCAUCCCAUUUUCGAGAACUUUCUGUUCACGCUGCCCACCUCUGACUACGACGAGUUCGAGAAGGCCAGGCGCGCACAGGUACAGUCUUCAUCACUGCUACCACAGCUGGUGACAGAGAGAGUUCAGCAGAAAGGAAAAAAAUCAGACUUGGAAUCAAGAGGCCACCUACCAUCUAUAUGACUAGCGCCGAUCCAUCGUAUUUAACAAACAAUAAACUAUUUAUUCAAUAUAAA